AUGGAGGUCGAGGUCUCCGGUUCGAAUCCCUCGGCCGAUGCGAAAUUGAGGAGGGCGGAUUCGCAGAAGGAUAAGCUCCGCGUGAAGCGGAAGACUCUGCAGGCUGUGCUCGAGCAGUGCCAGAGAGCCCUCGUGUCGCUCGAUACCACUGGGGGUGCUGACGGCGACAGCGAUGGAGAUGAUAACGGUGAGGAUGAAGACGAUGAUGAUGAUAACAGUUCUCGUGGUGCUGUCGAUGACGAUGAGCGCCACCAAGGCCGCAGAUCGACGAGUUCGCGCCCUGACUGCGAAGCCGACGAGUUAUGCAAUCUUCUAAAAUCUAGAGUUGAAUGUCCCGACUUCCUUGAAAAGCUAGAAUGCGCGCAAGCAUCAUCAGUUUCGCAAAAUAUGGCUGCAGAAGAAGGUAGUUCUUGGGAUCUGGUUAAUGAGAAUGAUCUAUGGGAAGAUGAGGAUAGUGACUUGGGUGAAGAAGACUAUGUUCUUGUUAGGCAAGAAGAUAUAGUAGAGGGUAUUGCAUGCUUUAUGGCUGCAUACCUGUUAUCCCUUAAACAGACUAAGGAAUUGACCCCUAAUCAACUUCAGGAUGCCCUUAGCAAAACAUUCUCCGUGAGAAAGAAGAAGGGAAAACUUCGAAAGGCUUGGGAUGGAAGCAAAGUUAUUUAUAAUGUAGCAUCAUGGGGGGCAACCGCCAUCGGGAUAUACCAAAACCCUGUAAUAAUAAGGGCUGCCACGAAAGCCUUCUGGACAUCUUGUCAAGUUAUAUCAAAGCUUCUCUAA